AUGGCUAUUCAACCGCAUGGCCAAGUAUCAGAUCAUUCAGAUGACUCCUUCGUAGAUUCUUCUAACUCUAUCAGAGAUUACUUGACGAGCAAAUGGCAUACGUCGCUGAGAUCAAGUAUCCUGGACUACCGCCGCGAGAAUGGAAGAACAUACCACCGCAUGAGUGACGGCAAGUAUGCAUUUCCGAACGACGAAGAAGAGCAAGAUCGACUAGAUAUCGUCAACCAUCUUUGGAUGUUGACUCUCGACGGGAGUUUGUGCUUGUGUCCAAAGAACGCCUCCACCACCGUCAAACGAGUCCUCGACCUCGGCACAGGCACGGGCAUCUGGGCCCUCGACUACGCUGACGCGCACCCGGAGGCAACAAUUAUCGGUGUUGACCUCAGUCCCAUACAGCCAGGAUACGUCUCUCCUAAUUGUAUCUUCGAGAUUGAUGACUUGGAAAUGGAAUGGACUUGGACCGAGCCUUUUGACUUCAUCUUUGCCCGCAACAUGAACGGAAGCUUUGCCAAUUGGGAGGGCGUACUGGAACAAGCAUACGACCACUUGGAACCAGGAGGCUACUUGGAGAUCCAAGAUAGCCUCUGGCCCCCCGUAUGCGAUGACGGCACCUUCAAGAUGGACUCUGCACUCUACAAGUGGAGCCACCUCAUCGUCGAUGCUUGCAACAAAGUCGGCCGCCCCGUUGACAAGACGGACCAAAUACCGAUGAUGAUGGAAGCAGCUGGGUUCGAUGACAUAGAAACGAGACGGGUCACAUUUCCAGCUUCUCCGUGGCCGAUGGACAGGAAGCUUAGGGAAUUAGGCAUUUGGAACCAGGAACAACUGCUCCCUGGCUUGGAGGCAUUGACCCUUGGACUCUUUACUCGCGUAUUGGACUGGUCAAAGAAUGAGACAUUGGUCUUUUGUGCUAACGUGCGGGAGGAGCUAAAGAAUACAAACACGCAUGUUUACUGGAAUGGAUAUGUUGUGUACGGCCGGAAGCCAUCGAAAGUUGAUCAGGAAUAG